GUUGCAGGUUGUCAUGUAACGUUAUUCAACCAACAGUUUAGCUGCUGACACUUUGUUGUGUACCUGUUAUUACAGUAACGGUAACCGCCGUCAUAAUUCACGAAUACGAUGAGAUUGCCACGGCGGAUCCUUACAAUGCACACGGCACCUGUGAGGAGGGCCUCCUCAGUCCCUGCAGGUAUGGUGAGUUUUGUACCCGCCUGCAGCACCACUGAUGCCCAUUCCCUGGAGCUGCUGCAGGACUUUGUGUCCCGAGCCAGGCGCAUGUUUGUUGUGAGUGGAGCUGGACUGUCCACGGAGUCAGGAAUCCCUGAUUACCGCUCGGAGGGCGUCGGGCUGUAUGCUCGCACUGACAGACGACCCAUGCAGUAUGCAGAGUUUGUCCGCAGUGCAAAGUCCCGUCAGCGCUACUGGGCCAGAAACUUUCUCGGGUGGCCACAGUUCUCCACCCAUCAGCCAAACUCCGCACACAAGGCCCUGCAGCAGUGGGAGGAGAGAGGCAAGCUGCACUGGCUGGUGACACAGAAUGUGGAUGCUCUUCAUUCAAAGGCGGGACAGAAAAGACUGACUGAGCUCCACGGCUGUGCUCACAGGGUGAUGUGUCUUGGCUGCGGUGUCGUCUCAGCGAGGGAGGAGCUCCAGAACCGAUUCGUAGCACUGAACCCAGACUGGAGAGCACAGGCGGGCGGUGUGGCUCCGGACGGGGAUGUCUUCAUAGAGGACGAGCAGGUCCUCCAUUUUAGAGUUCCUUCCUGUGAGCAAUGUGGAGGAAUACUAAAGCCUGAGGUCACAUUUUUUGGAGACUCUGUGAACAAAGCGACGGUACAGUUUGUGCACGACAGACUGGGAGAAUCUGAUGCGGUGCUAGUAGUAGGGUCAUCGUUACAGGUAUAUUCAGGAUACAGGUUUUUACUGGCAGCACGUGAUCUGAAAAUCUCAGUUGCCAUUCUGAACAUUGGGCCCACGAGAGCAGAUCACCUGGCUGAGCUGAAAGUGAGCGGUCGCUGUGGUGAUGUGCUGUCAGUCAUUCAACCUCUCUGACUGUCAUGGACACGCGGUUUGGACAUUCUACAUUCAUCUGGUCGAAACUACCCUGGACCUAAAAGAUAAACAACGUGUUCUACUUCAGGAUCACUUUCUCAGAUGUUUGGUACUUUUUUUUUGGUCACAUACAGGGUU